AUGCAAGGGAGCAUCCCAUCAUCCUUUACAAGCUUAAGAGGCAUUACUGAGAUGGACCUUUCUCAAAACAACUUGUCUGGUGAAAUCCCAAAGUUUCUUGAGACAUUUAGCACCUUGCAGCUUCUCAAUUUAUCAUUCAACAAUCUCGAGGGAGUUGUACCUACAGGUGGUGCAUUUAGCAAUACAGGUAAGGUUUUUGUUCAAGGAAACAAGAAGCUAUGCACAAGCCAUACAAUGCUGGAAUUGCCACUUUGCAUGUCAACACUAUCCAAAAGAAAGAAGACUUCCUACAGCAUAUUAAUAGCAGUUCCACUUGCUAGUGUUGUCGUGGUCUUAGCGGCAUGUGUUGCAGCCAUUCUUUUCAAAAGGAGAAGUCAUCCAAAACAACAUAUUGAUAAAUCAUGCAAGGAGUUGAAGACGUUCUCAUAUUCUGAUCUUGCUAAAGCUACAAAUGAUUUCUCAUCAGCCAACCUAGUUGGUGCCGGGAGAUUUGGAUUAGUCUAUAAAGGUACCUUCGAGUUUGAGGCAAACCCAGCUGCAAUUAAGGUGUUCAAACUUGACCAAAUUGGAGCACCUGAGAACUUCUUUGCUGAAUGUGAGGUGUUAAGAAACACCCGGCAUCGAAAUCUCAUGAGGGUGAUUAGUCUAUGUUCAAGCUUGGACCGAAUGGGAAAUGAGUUCAAAGCCCUCAUUCUAGAGUAUAUGGGCAAUGGUAGCCUAGCAAGCUGGCUCCACUCAGAGGUGCACAAAAAUAAAACGACAAGGCCAUUGAAUCUUGGUUCAAGAAUAAUGAUAGCUACAGAUAUAGCCGCUGCUUUGGAUUAUCUCCAUAAUUGGUGCACACCUCCUUUGGUUCACUGUGAUCUGAAGCCAAGCAAUGUUCUUUUGGAUGAUGAUAUGGUGGCUCAUGUUAGCGACUUUGGAUUAGCGAAGUUUCUUUACAAUCAAUCUUCAGCAAGGCUUGAUAGUUCAACAAACAGAAUUGGCCCAAGAGGAUCAGUUGGAUACAUUGCACCAGAAUAUGGGAUGGGUUGUGAAAUCUCAACUGCAGGUGAUGUCUAUAGUUAUGGAGUUAUUCUGCUAGAAAUGGUUACAGGGAAGCAUCCGACUGAUGACAUAUUUAAGGAUGGGCUGAACCUUCACAAAUUGGUUGAGUCUGCAUUUCCACAAAAUAUUGGUGAGGUUUUGGGCAACGGCCUCAUUCAAUGUUAUAAAGUUGACGAAGGAAAUCAUGACUCACAUAAUGUGAAUCAAGCAAUGGUUGGAAUGCAAAGCUGUAUCAAACAGAUGGCUAAACUUGGCCUAAGAUGUUCUGUGGACUCACCAAAAGAUCGACCAGCAAUACAAGAUGUUUAUUCUGAAAUCAUCAGAAUCAAAGAAACAUUUUCAUCAUUGCGCGGUUGAGAAAAUCUUGAAAUGGACCAACAUUCUGUAUUACUGCAGUUUGCAAGUUAUUACGUGUAGUAUGGUGCUCUGUUUUCUGUAUUCCUCCCAUAUGUAUUUUAACUUCAUCUAAGAGACUGAGACCUAGCCUUCUCAGUUCCUUCGCUUUCCCGUUUUAGUUUUCUAUUCACUAUUUUGUCAACAGGUCAUGUAUGGGCCCUCUGAAUAAAGUUAUGUAAGAAGAUUUCCUGAAAAAGGAAAUUCAGGACUACAAUCCAAUGGUGAUCUACCAUUAAUAA